GUAUGUCCUUGGUUCUUCCGAACAAUGUCUCGCGGGGUGUUUAACCGAUCUCUAUGCCAUCCGACAUUUUUCCCAUAAUGGAUGGCGGCCGAACCUCGCAGGUAGGUUCCUCUUCGUGAAUCUGUUUGUAUGGCCGAAUCAGUAUUUAACCGGACAGUCACGAAAUGUCCUCCAAACUAUCUGUUAGAGGACGAUUCUGCUUGGGAUGUGGUCACUUGUCACAAUCGCUUUUUUGUUCGCUCUUGGAGUUAGAGCUGGGACUACCGUCUGGUCUGGCUCAUUUAACGCAUACUCGACAGCGGCGGACUUCGACAAAUGGUCUUGGUCAAACCAAGUGGGCGAGUACCAAUGGUACAUUCACGGCAGCCAACCUACUAGCCAUUAUCUGGCGUUGGAUCCCAGUUACAAGAAUCCGGCCGACACUGCCGAAACUCAUGGUCUGAAGGUCACCAUCGACCAGGGUGCCACAUGGAACUCUCAAAUGGAACGGUCUGAGCUCAUCCCGCAAACUACCGCAAAUCUUGGUACAGGCAUCCUCUUCUACCAUUUCUCUGUCAAGAGGUCAGCCACGAACCCACCAGACUCCACAUUGGAACAUCAAGUUGUCUUCUUUGAAUCUCAUUUCACGGAGUUGAAGUACGGCGUAGCGCCCAAUCCUACAGAUCUUCAAUGGAUGGUUACAGGUCAACCUCACUGGAGCACUCCAUUCACUGCUGAUACUUGGUUCAACUUUGCCUACGAUAUUGACUUUUCAGCCGGCACAGUUGGAUUAUGGGCUUCGACUGGCUCUGAUCCCCUCGUGAAAGUUGUCCAAAACGUGGCUGCAUCUACGUCCACCAACUCGGCUGAUUGGCAUCUUGGUGUCUUAAGAAUCGUCAAUGGUGCAGGGACAGAAGAUUGGUACUUCUCUGGCGUCUAUAUCGAAUCGGGACCCAUCACCAUUUCCGUAGGCUCUGGCACUGGAUCCAGUCCUUCCGGGCCGUCCACGACCGCCCCUCCGAGCACUACCAACCCUCCGAGCACAUCUAACCCACCCACAACGGUUCCUACCACCACAACUACUGCGUCUGGACCGACACAGACUCAAUGGGGUCAAUGUGGCGGUACGGGGUACACUGGACCCACCACCUGCGCCGGGACUUUCACCUGUGUGGCUGUUUCACCUCCUUACUAUUAUCAGUGUCAGUGAGCUUUUGGCGAUUGUCUGGUGAAAUCUGAAAUCUGGAGAAUCCAGUAGCUUGGUUAUGCUGCUUGUAUAUUGUCAAACACGGAUGGACAAGAAAACUAUCUUUCCAUAUAUUUUGGAGAACGACUACUGGUCUCUCCAACGUAGGGUAACAAUAUCAUGUUGUCUUAUCGGUUGAGGCUACAUUAACACAUUUCAGAAGAUACAAUAUGUCAGGUCAUAAAUCAGACGUUGUGAA